UCCUCUGAUUGGAUCUCAUCAUGCCGAUGUCGGCGUUCAUGUCCGCUCUUCGUAGCGCCGGCCGGCAGCAGCUCACCGCCUCGACCGUCGCCAGGAGGCAAGCGACCGGAUCCCACCUGCUCCGGGUCGAGGGCUUCAAGGAGCACGUCAGGGACAUGGCGCCCAACGGCAAGUACAUCACUUCAAGCACGUUCGCCGUCGGCGGCCACCAAUGGCAACUCAAGCUCUACCCAAACGGCCUCAGGGAAAAGGUCAAGGGCUCUAUCUCGCUCUACCUACACCACGCCCGCCGCACCCCCGAAACGGGCGACGCCAAGGCAAAGUUCACGUUUAGUCUACUCGACCAGGCUGGGAAACCAUGGCACAUCAUCAACGUAACACAGCACCACUUUCAGUGGUCUGACUCUUCACCCAAUUGGGGUUUCGAGGACUUCUUGAAGAUUGAAGAUCUAGACGAAGAAAAGCAUCUCAAGGAUGACUGUCUCAACGUCCUGGUCGAGGUCACAGUCGACCAUGGGUUGAAAUCUGAGGACUACAUCGAGGUUUCUCCGGCACUGUGACGGCACCACCACCUUUCGACGUGAGCGGCGAAGACGCCCGAACCAUCUGGAACAAGCAUGAAGCGGAUCUGAAGGUCCAGGUCGGCGAGGAGACGUUCGCGGGGCACCGGUG